UGCUGAGAGCACCCGCUGGCCAGCCCUGGUACUGCAGCGCACACGGCAGAUGAGUCCCACCAACAUUGGCGAGUCCAUUCCUGACAGUACCCCCCCCCCCCUUAAGGAGCGGCCUCAGGACGCUCCAAACAGUCCUUACUUACACCAUAUCAUCAAACUGGAUAGGAUCAUCAGGCUGGAUCGGGCCAUCAGGCUGGAUCGGGCCAUCAGGCUCGAUUGGGAUAUCAGGCUGGAUCGGGCCAUCAGGCUGGGUAGCGGGCACCAGAUCAUCAAGCUGGAUAGGAUCAUCAGGCUGGGUAGGAUCAUCAGGCACCGAGUCAUCUGGCAGAACAGCGGGCACCGAGUCACCAAGCUCGAUAGCGGGCAACGAGUCACCUGGUACGACAGCGGGCUCCAAGUCACCUGGCACGACAGCGAGCACCGAGUCAUCUGGCACGACAGCGAGCACCGAGUCACCUGGCACGACAUCGAGCACCGAGUCACCUGGCACGACAGCGGGCACCGAGUCAUCUGGCACGAUAGCGGGCACCGAGUCAUCUGGCAGAACAGCGGGCACCGAGUCACCAAGCUCAACAGCGGGCACCGA